AUGCCGCCGAAAAGAGGAGGUGGGGUUGCCGGUGGUAAGCAGCGGAACCAAAUCCUCGACAAACAAAACAACCAAAAUUAUACAACAGCUGAUAAAAAUGGUCAUUCACAAGUCGGACGACCAUCAUUGGUUGGAACUUCCAGCCAAUCAAAAACCAGCCAAUCAAAAUUAACCAUCGCCCCCCUCAUUAUAGAGGGAGUCAAGAUCACCAAACUCCAACUUAAUGAUCUAUUAAAAGAACAUUUAAAUGAUGUUAAAAUCCACGACAUACAACUUAGUCGCGCUGGAUUAUUUACAUUAUAUGCAAGUGAUGUCAGCUCAUUUAACCGCCUGUUAAAUGAAUUCACAAUAAUCCUUGCAGCUAACGGCCAACAAGCAGCAAAAAUAUUCGUUCCUCGAUCGAUUCAACGAAUCAAGGACACAGAAAUGGUCGCUUUCGUAAAGAGAGUCGACCUGGAAAUACCGGAAAAUCGAAUAACCGAAUCACUAACGAAAGUUGGUCUCGAUGUUAUCAAUGUUAUUCGAUUAACCCGAAAAGAUGGAAAUGCACCAACAAGCACCAUUAAAAUCACAUUUAAAGAUGCAAACAAUCGAAACACAUUCAUCCACACUGGAUUACAAGUGGAUUCGAUGCACUUUAAUGCUGAAGCUGCAUCUCAAAAUAAAAAGCCAGUACAAUGUUACAUCUGUCUUCAAUACAAUCAUGUAGCAAAGUACUGCAAAACUAAACAGCAAAUAUGUGCUAAAUGCGGUGAUAACCAUCGUAUUGAGCAAUGCACUGCUGCAAUUGAUGCAAUUAAAUGCAACAAUUGUAAAGGUAAACACUUGGCAACUGCUAAUGAUUGUCCUAACUUUUUAGAACAAGAAAAGCGAAUGUUGAAUUUAAUUAAUCAAUAUUCGUCCACUAGCAGCCCAACAACCACAUCACCAUUACUACAUGAUAGCAAUGAAUUUCCUUCAUUACCAAACGUGUAUCAACGUCAACAAGGUCUACUACAAAAUGAUAUCCUCGAUGAACUUAUCAAUCUACUUACCAGUAAGAUGGAAAAAAUCAUCGAAGAAACAACAAAAAGAUUAUUUAAAUCUCUACAACAGAAGAUUAAAAAAAUCGAAGAAACUAUUUCAUCAGUUGAAACCUUAAUCAACGAAGAUGCAACAUCAUCAUUAUCAUCAUCAUCAUCAUCAAUUUCGGAUAGUGAUGACGAUGUUCAAAUAGUGAAGCCAAAAAACAAAAAACAACCUGCAACAUCAACCACCAAACCAAAUAAACCAACACCUAAACCAACCACUACAUCUGCUGCAACAACAGCAAAACCAACAAUGACCGCAAUUACAACUGUAACACCGACACAAUCAUCUAUCACUACCAAUGAUAGUAUUAAAAAACCAACACCUAAACCAAAGCCAACAGCAAAAUCAUCAAAAAGAAUUCGACCACUCGACAGUUCACAGGACUCGACGAUAAUGGACACCAAAGAUCGUAAAACAGACACGAUCAAUGAUUAG